AGGAGGAGGAGAGGAAACAAAAACAAUCGCCCGGGCGCCGCCAUCUUGGGUCCGUUCUCCACGCCACACAAGUGAAUGGGUAGAUAUGAAAUUACCACAGGGGAGCAGCAACGGCAGCAGGGUACGGAGGGCUGUUCCGAGCUGCCAGCUGGACUCGGGGGACUCUAGAGACGGCUCUCGGCGCUGCCACCGCCCAGAGAAAAUCCCCGGGCUCGGCCUUUUCUCCUCGGCAACCCCUAAACUGCACUCCUGGAGGGACAAAGUUGUUCUCAGCCGCGCUGCCUCCGCCGCCCGGGAGACGAGAGAGUUGCGUUCGGCAGCGGCUUCCUCGGAGCCGGGAGUGAGCCGGGGUCAGAGUUAGGGGAGAGGGUGACGAGGGGAUUCCUCCCCCCUCCGCCCUCCGGCCGGGGCUCGCCUGGAGCGCGGUCUGGGAGGCAGGAGGAGAAGAAGACAGCGGGAGCCCGGCAGGCUCUGCCUUCCCACCUCUGCUAUUCCUUAUUCCUUUCUCCUAAAAGGCAAAAAAAAAGAAAAAAGGAGGAAAAGAAAAGCCCAGAAAGAGGCAAGAACUGGAUUGAGACGGGGACACGCGCUGUGCCGAGUCUCCGUUUGAACGGCAGUGGGGCGGGCGGAGGUGCGGCCAGAGAGAAAAUGUGUCGGUGAGGAGUUGCGGAGAGGAGCGUGCAGCCGGCCCCGGAGCCGCCAGCCUGCUUCCCGGAGGAACAGCCCCGCCGCGCCGGCUCGCAGGCAGCCGCUGCAGCCCCCCCGCACGCCUCCUCGCUCCCCGAGAAGCCCGGUUCUCCUGGAAGCACGGCACUCGAGGAAGGAAGAAGGAUUUGCCACAAAGACUAGAUCACCCUCCUCCUCCCCAGCGCCUGGAUACUGCGUUUAUUUUCUUUUCAAUCACUCUUCUGUGUUUAAAUACCAAAUAUAGCCUCUUGUGGGGGGAGGGGAUGGAAAUCUCUUAGAAGAAUUUGAGAUCUUGCCUGGGAUUCCUGAGUGCUGGUGUGGCACAGCCCGGACGGAGGACCGCGGAGACGGGGGACAAGAGGGGACAUGUGCUGACCGGCCGAAGGACUAGAGAUCUGCUACUUUUCGGGAAGCCCGAAGGUAGUUUUCAUCAAGAAACUGACAAAACUUCCUCCCUUCACCCGGAGGCUUUUGAGGUUUGGAACUGAAAUGGAGCUACUUUUCUCCCAAACACUACAUGUUGUAUGAGGGAAGCCGGAACGAAAACAUCGUCUUUGCUGAUCUCGCUAGGACUCCUCGGCGCUCGGCUCCCACGAGGGAUGCUGCACGGAGCUUGGCGUGGAAAAGAGUUGGAGGGGUGCUCAAAGUCUUCGUCGUGUCCAGCAGCUUAAUUCUUGACUUUUUUUUUUUAAAGUGGAUUCGUAGCAUACUUUUAUGAAUUAAAUUUUGCCACCGUUUGUACAGAAGCCAAAUGACACGUGUGUUUUGAAACACGGUUCCAAAUAUAUACAUCCCUCAACCCGGAUUCUCUCUACAAAAGAGAGGGAGAUCGCCUAAAGAAAUCUCAUUUUACUGUUUUAUGAACAUUGCUGCAGAAAUGUUGCUAUAGAUUGCUUUAUAACGGUUCGGCAAGAAGGGAGAUUUUUUUCCAGCUUGCAGGACCUAGGAAACUGGAUACUUAAACUCACUUAAAUGUUUUAACAGCAUUGGAAGAUGGGAGCUGCUACAAAGUUGGCGUUCGCUGUUUUUCUUAUCUCUUGUUCUUCAGGUGCCAUACUUGGCAGAUCAGAAACACAAGAGUGUAUCUACUACAACGCUAAUUGGGAAAAAGACAAAACAAACCGCAGUGGUAUUGAACCGUGUUACGGUGAUAAAGAUAAAAGACGACACUGUUUCGCUACAUGGAAGAACAUUUCUGGAUCAAUUGAAAUUGUGAAGCAAGGUUGCUGGCUGGAUGACAUCAAUUGUUAUGACAGGAAUGAUUGCAUAGAGAAGAAAGACAGCCCUGAAGUGUUUUUCUGUUGUUGUGAAGGCAACAUGUGUAAUGAACGUUUCUUCUAUUUUCCGGAAAUGGAGGUCACGCAACCAACUUCCAAUCCUGUAACACCUAAGCCACCUCUGUUCAAUACCUUGCUUUACUCGUUGGUGCCUAUAAUGGGAAUUGCAGUGAUUGUGCUCUUUUCAUUCUGGAUGUACAGACACCACAAGCUAGCGUAUCCUCCGGUACUCGUACCAACCCAAGAUCCUGGACCACCACCACCUUCACCAUUGAUGGGUUUGAAGCCAUUGCAGUUACUAGAGAUCAAAGCUAGGGGAAGAUUUGGUUGCGUGUGGAAAGCUCAACUACUAAAUGAAUAUGUUGCAGUCAAAAUAUUCCCUAUUCAGGACAAACAGUCAUGGCAGAACGAAUAUGAAAUCUACAGCUUACCUGGAAUGAAGCAUGACAAUAUUUUGCAGUUCAUUGGUGCAGAGAAGCGAGGCACUAGCAUUGAUGUGGACCUCUGGUUAAUUACAGCCUUUCACGAGAAGGGUUCAUUAACAGACUUUCUCAAGGCUAACGUGGUUUCUUGGAACGAGCUGUGUCACAUCGCUCAAACAAUGGCUCGAGGCCUGGCUUAUCUCCACGAGGAUAUACCAGGGCUGAAGGAUGGGCACAAACCUGCCAUUUCCCAUAGGGACAUUAAAAGCAAGAAUGUGCUGCUGAAAAAUAACCUUACAGCUUGUAUUGCUGAUUUUGGACUAGCUUUAAAGUUCGAGGCUGGAAAGUCCGCGGGGGAUACACACGGACAGGUUGGCACACGAAGGUAUAUGGCUCCUGAGGUACUAGAAGGUGCUAUAAACUUCCAGAGGGAUGCAUUCCUGAGGAUAGACAUGUACGCCAUGGGCCUGGUGCUCUGGGAGCUGGCGUCCCGCUGCACCGCCUCGGAUGGCCCAGUGGAUGAGUACAUGUUGCCAUUUGAAGAAGAAAUUGGCCAGCAUCCCUCCCUGGAAGACAUGCAGGAAGUUGUAGUUCAUAAAAAGAAGAGACCUGUUCUAAGAGAGUGUUGGCAGAAACAUUCUGGGAUGGCCAUGCUGUGCGAGACCAUCGAGGAGUGCUGGGAUCACGACGCGGAGGCGCGGCUGUCUGCGGGCUGCGUGGAGGAGCGCAUCAUCCAGAUGCAGAAACUCACUAACAUCAUCACCACAGAGGACAUCGUGACUGUGGUCACAAUGGUGACAAACGUUGACUUCCCUCCCAAAGAGUCCAGCCUAUGAUAGCCGCAGCGCUCGUGUAGCUGACCGCCAGGACUCUCCUCUGGAGCUGCCGGAGCUGCCGGGCCCGCGUCCGCCGGCGCCGCCUCCCGGGCGCACGCAGCGGUGAGUGUCUCUCUGCCUGCGGGAAGCCUCUGCGGAGCGCCGGCCAGGGCUGUUUCACCCGUCCUUCCCCCUCCCCGCCUCCCCCCGGCCCCUGGGUCCGUGGGCCUUUCUGCAUUCCCUGCCGGGACUUGGGGAACGGAGCCGGGACGGAGCCGGCCCGGCACGCGGAGCGUCUGAAAAACUGACACCGGAUUUCUUAGUGACCCUGUCAGAAGAGACUUUUUAAUUCCUUUCAGUGAACUGCUGGCAUUUUGUUUUUUUAAAUCAAACAUUUCAUUUCAGAUUCAAAACAAAAACACACACACAAAAAGAAAAGGGUGACUCGUUUUUAUUGCAUUUGCUGUUGUUUAUAAAGAAAUGACUAUUGUAAUGCCAAUAUGACACAGCUUGUGAAUGUUUAGUGUGCUGCUGUUCGGUGUACAGAAACAAACAAGUAAUCGAGUGGGAUAGAGCAAAAGAGGCUUCCAAGUAUUACUUCACCUCCCUCAACAAGGUAUACCUCAGUUCCACCUCCGCUGAACCAUGCCGUUGACGACACUAACGCGACUGGAGUUGAUGAAUCGGUCCGUGUUUUUGUAAAUGAUGUACUUCAGAUUCACUGUGUUAUUUAAAAAGGGUAAGCUAUGCUUCAUGCCAACAGUAAAUGGCCAUUCCUAAAGCAGUGUUUUUAGCCUUUUCUUGUACUAGCUUGUUGUGUAUAAAGACAAAAAAGAGCGCUGUUCAUCCAAACAAACCUUUUCCUUCCUGCUUUAGUUGGAAGCUUUUCUCUCCCCUCCGUUGCCCAGCGUAGCUCGUACCUUUAUUUAACUGAAUCCUAUUUAGGUUUGCUGUGUCUGAGGAAUAUUGGAAAGCUAAAGCAUGACUUUUUUGGGGUUUUUUUUAAGUUUCUGUGAGCUGUGACACUGGAAAGCUCUGAGUUCUUGUUCUUUUUUUUUCCUCCUGAAAGAAGUCUUUCCUCCUAUUUAUGUCUGUGAAGAGCUGUGCCUCACGCCCCUUCCCUGCCGCUGAAGGGCUGCGGGGCGGGCUGGCACCCGUUCAGGAUCACCUCAGGUAGCUCAGUCAGCCCCGUUCCCCAUCCCCUCUGUGCUUUGGGACGGCUGCGCUGCCACAGGCCCGUCCUGCCCUCCCACGGAAGGCUCCAGCCACAGGUUCCACAUCAUGAACACUCACAGGUGUCAGGGGUAGCUGAGUUCCGCUCACAGCUCCACACGUGCGGUGACCAGGGAGAGGAAACAAACGCCAACGGCCCGAGCCCCGACUCGGACAGCGAGGAGACGCCUGGAAAUGGCUUUCCCAGCCCCACCACUGGAGUUGAGGCAGCCAGGCCUUAGGUGCAGACAGGCUGGUACCCAGGUGCCAAAGCUCUUUUCCGUAGGGCUCUUUCCCUACCUUGAUUUGAUCCUUUACACAACCUUCCACAGAUUCCAUCUGCCUGUGGCACAGAACCAGCGGCGGCUCUGCCCAAACGCCCUCCCUGCCCUGUCUUUGGAAAAGCAGCUUGGAAUGGUUUAAAUGAACCCUGAAGGGCUCUCACACAGCCCCAGCAUCCUCCAGCUUGCACGUGGCCUCGAUCUGUGUGUGGUGGAUGGAGCUGACGGUGGUCGGCGUGCUCGUGGCAGGGAGCAGCCGGGCUCUGGGCAGCCCAGAGAAGCUGCUGCCAGGGGUGCAGCAACGCUCAGCGGGGCUGGGAGAAGAAAUAACUGGAGUUUGUGGCCACUUUUGCAAUUGGCAAUUUCAUUUUGCUGGUUUUCGGUCCAGGGACAAGACUUGACAGGACACCAAUGAAGCAGCUGAGUCCUUGAACAAAUGAGAAUCCAUUUGUAGGUCACUGGAGGCCUCUGUGCUCCCAGGGAGCCUCAACCCCUUCACUAGCAGAAGCGGAGUAAAUACAGAUGGUGUAAUAACGUGUUAUCUGAGAUCUGAUGCAAAACUGUGUAGGGUGUGCAUCACCUGUGUGUUACCCUUUAAACUUCAGCCCCUGCUGUGUCUGGCAGCAGAGCAGUGGGGCUGGGGCAUCGCUCGGUGCCUCACGCUGCAGCUGCCCCUGAGCUUAACCCCACAGCAGCUGAGCUGCCACAAUCUAGCUUCCUGUCUUAAAACUGCCCUGGGGUAGCCCCCUGGUUUGAGUGGUGUUCUCCUCCCACAUUCCUGGGUUUUAACAGCGUGAUUUUGUGUCCCUGGGAGAAGGAUGUUCAUAGUACAGACGCCUUUCCAUUGCUAAAGGGGAUGUCAAAGAGAAUGUCCCUGGAGCUGUGGGGCAGGAGGGUUCUUGUGGGGAGCCUCAAGUGCCCUUUUGGCCUAGUCCCAGAGUACAAGAUGCCUGAGGUGGGGGUACAGGGCAGGGUCUCUGCCCACCCUGGGGCCUGAGCGAGGGACAGGGCCCCUGCCCACCCUGGGGCCCUUUGUGGCCAUGUGGCCUCCUACCCUGUGGCUCCUGGCCCACCCCUCUUCACUCUGAGCUAAUUCUAUUGACCGCAGCCCGUCCCUGGGACACCCCUGAGCGCCUCGGGGGGCCUGGCCAGCCGCUUCAGCUGUGUCCGAGGGUGAGGAGGUUGGAGGUUCGGUGGGGCCAUGGGGCUGAUCCCUGCUGGGGGCAACAGGACCCUGCGCUGCCAGGGGGGAGGAAGCCCCCGCGGUUCCCUCUCUGGGGGUGAGUGGACCCUCCCCAGGCAGGGUGAGGCUGCUGUGGGGCAGCAGGAGGGGGGCUCCCCGCGCUGUGUGUGCAGCUGCCCUUGGUAACAGGCUUUGCUUGGUGAGCAGCCGGCACAGGCGCAGGAGGCUGCGGUUGUGGGGCAGCAGGAGGCACGUAGCGUCCCUGCUGGAACAUCGUUUACCUCAGAUACUCAACCAGCAGUACUUUUGGGGUGGGUUUUCUUUCCCUCUCUUUAUUUUCGACGCCGUUUCAGUCCAUCUCCUGUUCGUUACCUCUCCAGAUUUUGGUAAGCAAUGAUUUGAACUUUACUCUUUGUAUUUGUCAGUGUUUUUGGGCACAGGUUGUUGUACUACUGUCAGAAGGUACUUGCUGUUUUUCUGCAAGUGCCAUCAACCAACCAACCCCCUCCUCGCCCUCCCAGUGAUUGUUAAAUAUUGUACAAAUUAAAAUGUAUACUCUUGCUCCCCUCUAUCCCCAAAAAGUUACAAUAAAAAAAUGUGACUACUACGA